UCUCGCAUCGUUGCUCUUCACCCUCGACGACUGCAUUCUCGCGUCGAAGCCAAGCCCUUCACCUCGCCUGCCAGCAGGCCCGUCACUCUUUUAAUCGCCCUCCAGUCAUUCAUUUGGUUGUUUAAUAGUUGCCGCCUGCCCAGCAACUGCAGCAGCAGCGGCGCGUCGUUCUUUUAGACCAACAACAGCCAUCUCUCGAGGGACGCGUGCCCUUGCCGUCGUUUCGUUUCUUGUUUCGCCCGUCAAACCCUCUUCAGAUCGGCAGCCACCGAACGCGAGCCCACCUGUCCGUCCAUGCCUUGACGACGAUCUUAUUUUUCUUCACGUUCCGAGUUUCAUCUGCACGGUCAUGAUCGGUGGAUUGGCAACCUUCAAAUAAUACAAGGGAUAUAUUGUUUUGCUGCGCGGAGCAUAACGGUGGUUGGAACGGGAAAGCCGGGGGACAAGGAGCCUGCAUCAACAUGGCCCUUUUACCCGUACGGAACGGGAACGGGGGAGCCAUGGGACGGGCGACCUUCAUCAACGACGGAUAUGUCAUGCAACCGCGCAUCAACCUUCGACGAGCUCACGUGGGCUUAGAACCACCCGCCGCACACUCGUACGCCAAGUUCGCCAAGCGGAGCGCCUGCAUUGGCAGCGACUGCGACAAGGCUGUCGGCACGAACGUCACCAAUCUUGCCAUUAUCCUUGGCGUCGUAAUCCCUGUCGUCGUGGCCAUCAUUGUGCUGUUCUUUCUGCACCGCAGAAAUGUCAGGCGGCUGCGGAUGGAGGACGCAAAGGACCCGAAUGUCGGUCUCGACUUUGGUCUCGACGAUGGUCCUGCAAAGGGCGGCAAGCGAAAGAGCUUCAUGUUUGGCAGCGAAAAGACGACUCACAGGCCCGGCCAGCUCUCCAUGGACAUGAAUCUGUCCUCGCCCUAUCUGCUUCCUCCCAAUGCUCACCAGUCACAAGAGUCGCUCGCUCGCAAUUUUCACGGUUCCGAGGCGGAUCCCUACAGGACGGUCAAGGAGUACAUCAGCGACACUGGCUCCAUCAGGUCCUACGGUGGCAGCAAGCGCGCCUCCGUCAUCACCAGCAAGUCGGUCGGGACGCCAAUGGUGCCUCCGCCUCGUACAAACUCGAUGCCUAGGUCGCCUGCCACCCCAGAUGACAACAAGGUCAACCCCUUUGCCACACCCACGCAGCCUCAGCCCACACAUCAGAUGCCCCCCACGGUAGACAUCAAGGAUCCCACUCGUUCGGUGCCGUCCAUCGUCCCAGAGAUUGGAACCGUCGCGUACCCCAAUGAGAAGACCCAAGACGGUCUCGACAUGCCUGAUGUCCAGCCGCCGCCGCCCGCAUUGUCCAGGGGCUCACCCACGGGGCUCCCAGAUUUCAACUCAACCCUCGCCCGAUCGGAUUCCCUGCACCUCCCAACAAACAUUGGGACCGCCCACUCACCUGACGACGGACUUCAUUUUACGUCGUCCCACGACCAAGACUCUGGCCUUGGCCUCAACUUCGACCUCCCAAAGAUCUCCUCACCCCCGCUCGAGCGCCCUGCGACCGAACCUCACGCUUUGGAAUAUCCCCCAGGCCAGGCAGAGACGUAUGAUCACGCGGAGCACCCUGAAAUCAGGAUGUCGGAGUACUAUGAUGAGUAUGAAGAAGAGGCACGAGGUCGAGGGAUGGAGAGGCAACCUUCCGUGGACUACUCUGCCCAACAACGGACCCUUGGCGUACCGCAACAGCAGUCCAAGCGGCUGUCAGUAGGGUUCCGUCCGCUGCCCCCGGAUGAAGUCACAGAAUCCGAGGACCCCGAGUACCGAGCCAACCGAAUCCGGUCCUUUUACAAGGAAUACUUUGACGACAGCAAAGAAGCCCCGCCGCCUUUGCCAACUCAACGCGGUCCUGGCGGAGCUGCCGAGUAUUAUGAGGAUUAUGAUGCCGGCUAUCUGGGAGACAUGGCAUACUACGACUCCGAUCACAACGCUUUCGUCAUGCCCUACGCCCAGCCCGUCACGAGGCGAGCCAUGACUCCGCCCCCGGCCCCGGGUCGCUUCCGGGGAGGACCGGGAGGGCCGCCCGGCAGAGGGCCCCGUGGUCCUGGGUCAAUUGGAGGCAUGAGCCUUCCUGGUGGCCCGCGUCGCCCACGCGCUGGGUCCGCCUUUGGCCCGCGACCCGACUCGUCGGCCUCGGCCAGGCUGCGCGGACCCAAGAGGCACCUGCCGCCCCCCGCCCCCCUAAAUACGCUGCCUACACCUUCCAAACUCAAGGACGAUUCCUUUGCCUUGCUGAAUGCAAUCGACUUUGCACCGCCCGAGUCGUUCAGCGAACGUGCCGUUGGUCGCAGCCAGAGCCCUCUCGGUGAGAGACGGCCCUAUCAGCCAAAGGUGCCGGUAGCUUCCCCCCUUGUCACAGCAUUUGACGAGCUGCCGGCCCUCCCUAGUCCUCAUUUGCUCCGUAAAUCGUCGACAUUCACCAACCUGGACUUUGCACCUCCUAAGAAGUUCAAGGACGCAGAGACGAGUAGCGAUGCCGGCAGCAUCCGGAGCAACAGAAGCGGCAUAUCUGCGAUGCAGCUCGGAGCGCUUCGUGGCGGAGCAGGCCGUGUCAGCCGCCUGCCAGGGGACACGGUCUUCACGCAGGCUGCGCUGUCAGACACGCUCAAGCCGCAAUGGGGGAUGCGCCCUUGAACGGGCUGAUGGCAUCGAUGUGAAGUUUGGCAUUGCAUUGGACCCCUUGGCGAGCUAGCAACUGCAUCGUUUUCGGGCUUCGUGGAGUAAUUGGGUCAUGACGGGGGCUCUGUUGCCUUCUAUUUUUCAUUCUUGCUUUGGUGGGGUUUUCAGCCGAGAUUUUGCAUAUAGAGGGACUGGCAACUUGCAGUGGCAGCCCCGAGAUGACGACUCUGGUGUAUCUUUGAUCGGGGCUCUGCCUGGUAUACAUGAGACUUGUAGAUAGGUCAAUCGGAGGUGGUGUCCACCGUACAAACAUACCGCACAAACAUCAGUAAGCUAUAUUUUUGUCGUCAUGAGGCUGGGGGCGCAGCAGUCGGUUGUUGUGAAAACAGUAGCAUCUCAAGUGGCUGGGCACAGAGGCCUCUGGCGACCAAAAGUUGGAGUUUCACUGAUGCAGCUGCCAUCGG